AACACUCUGUUUCUCGAUAACCCACCUUAAACUUCGACAUUGGACAAACGUUCGCAGCUCUUUCUUGAACUUCAACUACCAAAGUCACUGUUCAGUAUUUUGUUGGAUUACGACACUCGUCAACACGUCAAGGCAAGCUGAAUAUCAUGGAAGAACAACAAUCAUCCCCGCGCGUCAACUCUGCUUUGCUCGGAAAAUACACCGGAAGAAGAGUGAGAUUGACGGGCAAAGUGCUGAACGUUAACCAAGCCGCCAAACGCGCCCUAAUUCUGGCCAGUGAUGGAGGAGAAGUCAGUGUUCAAUUCCAUGCGGAGAACCCCGGACUAGACACGACCUUUGUUGAAAUCGUAGGGACUGUUGUUGAUGUAACCACAAUACGACAACUAAUUGCAAUCAAGAUGUCUGAUAACCUGGAUCUCACUGUUGUGGAUAGAGCCGUGAAAAUGGCCCAAGAAGCAAGAUUUGCAGAGUUGUUCACACUACCAUGAGCGUAGAUUCGUUGCUGUGAAUCUAUGUGUACUCACAGCCC